CAAAUUUCUUUAGUAUUGGUGGUCAUUCACUUUUAUUUAUUGAACUUUAUCAUCGACAUCAACAAUUAUAUGAUUUUGAUAAUCGUGUACUUUCUAUUGCUUUAUUUCUUCAACAGCCAACUAUUCUUCAACAUUCACAAUUAGUGAAAUCGAUUACAAUCAAUCAAAUGAAAUCAGAACAUUGGCAUACACUACAUAUCAAUCAAGGUAUUGCAUCUUUUGCUCAAGAAGGCAUUUUUCUUGAUGGACAAAUGCGUUUUUCUAAUAAAAUUGCUAUCUAUAAUGAAUUGACUGCUUUAAAAAUUAUUCAAGGUUCAAUAUCAAUAGAUCGUCUAUUAGAAGCUAUUGAAUAUAUUUUAAAUAAACAUAAAAUAAUACGCGCAACUGUCAACGAUCCUACUAUUGCCAGACUCUUGUUACCAUAUACUCAUUUUUUUGGUACUAGACGUCCCUGUAGUGGCACUGAUUAUUAUGAAACAUUUAAUCGCGAUAAUAUCACACUUGUUGAUCUUCGUUAUAGAAGCAUCGAUAAAAUUCAGACAACAGGAGUUCGAGUGGGGAGCAAGAUCUAUGAAAUAGAUGACAUUGUUCUUGCACUUGGAUUCGAUGCUUUCACCGGUGCAUUACUCAAUAUAGAUAUCCACGAUCGAUCAGGCAAGACUCUUCGCGAGAAAUGGAAAAAAGGAUGGCAUACUAAUCUAGGUCUGAUGAUUGCUGACUUUUCAAACUUAUUUACAAUUAGUGGUUUCGGUGCUCCAUCUGAUUUAGCUAGUAUGGUUCCACAUAUCGAACAACAUAUUAAAUGGAUAACAAAAUGUUUGGAAUAUCUACGAACACAUGAUAUCAAUAUAAUAGAACCUUCUCUAGAGGCAGAGAAUACUUGGGUUAAACAUGUAAAUGAUGUUGUCGAAGAUACGCUUUUUUGA